AAGAACCUCAACGUCGAGCAGAGUCAUGUUGCGCCGGUCGAUCACGCAGCUGGGCGCCGCAAGGGCCUCGCGCGCCUUUAGCUCGCACACAGAGCUGCUGCGCGAGUACGCGUCCGAGGGCGACUGGAAGCGCGCGCUGCAGGUCAUGUCGGAGCUCGACAAGUCGGGCAAGACCGACGCGCUCUCGUACGAGCUCGCGAUUGAAGCGUGUGGCCGCGACCGCCGCAUUGACGCGAUGCAGGCGCUCAAGGACACGAUGGAGAAGGACAAGAUCGUACCAAGCGCCGGGACCAUCGACCUCUUUGUGCAGCUCUACAUGCACCUCAACCAGCCCGAGAAGCUCGUGGAACUGGGCAUCCAGCGUCUUCGCGCCAACGAGCCCAUGAGCUUGGCCGCGUACCACUCGAUGAUUGACGCGUGCUGCAGCCUGCGCUCGAUUCCGUACGCCGAAGAUAUUCUGCAGAGCCUCGGGGAGCACGCGCAGUGGGCGACGCCGCUCGGUUGCGACGAAUUCGCAGCGCUCAUCCGCUGCUUUGGCAUUUGCCAGCGCGCCGACUUUGCGAUGCACGCGCUCUUUACGAUGCAAGACCGUGGCAUUGAGCCCAACGUCGAGGUCUACACGCAGCUCGUGCGCGCCCACAUCUCGCUCGGGGGCAUGAACCAGGCGCUGCACGUCUUCUCGCUUUGCAACCAGCAAGGCAUCGUGCUCGGCGAAAGCAUCCACGCCGCGACCAUCGGUGCGCUCUGCGAGAAGAAGGCGUUCUGGCUCGCGACCGAGCUCUUCGCCGACAUGGAAGCCAAGAAGGUCGAGGCGAGCCACUACUGCCUCUCCAAGAUGAUCCUCGCCUACAUCCGCACCAACAACCGGGACGGCGCCUACGAAAUCUGGCACCGCAUCCAGUCGCGCGACCGCCCGGCGACGAUCGCAACGUACAUGGGGAUCAUGAGCGACUGCGUCGUGACGGGCGAGCUCGACAUCCUCCUCCUCGCGUUCCACGAGCUGCAGUCGCACUAUGACGUGCUGCCGCCCGCCGCCUACAGCUUUGCGAUCCGCGCCCAUGGCCGCAAGGGCAACACGGCCGACGCCAUUGAGAUGAUGGAGGCGCUCAUUCGCGCCAACGGGUGCCCGCAAGACGCCACCACGUACAUUGCGAUCUUCAACGCCCUCGCGCGCUCGUCGGAGGACCGGUCGGUGGACCAGAACCGCCACGACAUUGUCAAGUACUGGGACCUCAUGAUGCGACACGUGUCCAACCUCCAGGCGCCGGCCUUUGCCAGUGCGGCCGGUGCGUUUGCCAGCUGCGGCGACGUCGAGUCGCUCAAGAAGCUCAUCGAACACACCAAGGCGCACCUCCCGGGCUCCGAGAGCCUCCUGUACUCGGGUGCGAUCUCGGGCUUCUCCAAGGCGAACGCCGACUACACGGGGUACAUCCGCGACUGCAUCGCCGAGAUGCUUGAAAACGGGAUUGCGCUCAACGACGCUGCUGUCCGUGCGGCUUCGGACGCCUACGUCAAGCACGAGUGCUGGGACGACGUCGCCCAAUUGGUCAAGAAAAUGGACCCAAAGGCGUUCAACCGGCCCGAAGGCGUCAUCGGCGACGUCAUCUCCAAGCUCCUCGACGCGCAGAACUGGCCCGUCGCGCGCUUCGCCAUCAACUCGGCCCACGCGAUGAACAUCGACCCGCACAUUCGGUCCAAGCCGUACCACCUCCAGGUCCUCGCCAACAACACAAACGAGUCGCCCGAGUGGCGGAUCGCGUACAGCCUCGCGCUCGAGACCGUCUCGUUUGGCACGAUCAACGAAGAACACGUGUACGCGGUCUGCAACGCCAUGAAGGUGCUCUUCCGCGCCGAAAAGUACAACCUCAUGGCGCGCUUGUGGUAUGCGCUCAAGGCCAAGAACCAGCUGCCGCUGCCAAUCGACGCGUACAAGUGCAUUGUCAUUGCAAGCUUAGCGUCGGGUUUCGAGCACUCGGCCAUCAUGGCCGCUGACGAGAUGCUGGCCAUGUUCCGCGAACACCACGCGGAUAUUGUCGACUCGACCGACGUCUCGGACGUCUUCUCGGUGAUCAUUUCGACCUUUGCGCAGUACAAGCACGACGAGGUGGUCCUCAAGCUCUUUGAGGAGAUGUCGAGCUUCAACUUGACGCCGAAUGCAUACGCGUUUGUCGCGGCGCUCAAGGCGUACUCGAACCUCGGCCGCACCGACCAGAUCCACACGCUGCUAGCCUCGUUUGAAGAAUGCGUCUCGGCGAGCAAGUACAACGUGGACGAGCUGGCCGAGAUCUUUUCGUCGGUGAUUUCGACCGCCGCGGCCGCCGGCAACGACGCGCUCAUCAUCGCCAUGUACGAGCACAUGGAGACGUUCGACAUGACGCCCAACUCGUAUGCGUACAACGCCAUCAUCCGGGCGUACUCGCGCCGGGGCAGCCUCGACCGCGUCGCGUCGAUCCAAGCGACCAUGACGCAGGACGGGAAAAAGGUCAAUGACCGCGUCGUCGAGUCGCUCCUCAAGUCGUACAUCCUCGCCAACGACGUAACGAACGUGCUGGCGACCAUGCAGCAGUUCCAGUUUACCGGCGACCGCGCGCUCCUCACGUUUCUCCAGUGCAACCAGCCGCAGCCCGUCGUGGACUUUCUCAAAGCCCAGGGCCACGCCCACCAAAAGACGGGGCACGUCGUCGAGCGCGUCUCGCCCGCGAUGCAGACCAGUGCGCUCAAGUGGCUCCUCAAGCGCGGUGCGACUAUGGAGGCCGCGGACGCCUGCACGUUCCUCCUCCAGAACGGGUACCGCGUCACCGGCCACGUGUUUGAGACGCUCCUCGACCAGCUCAGCUACCACGGCGCGUAUGACCUCGGCACGGCGCUCUUGGACCUCUACAAUGAGAAGCGGUCGUACGUCAAAAGCGCUGACUCGGUCGUCGAGUCGACCAUCAUCCUGUACAGCAACGGCGGCAAGUACGACCACAUUCGCGACUUGCUGACGUCGCCGCGCCGCCUCUUUACGACGAACCAGUACGCGCUGGGCAUGGGUCUCUGCGUCGACAGCGGCGCGCACGCGCAGGCGCUUGCGAUCUUCGAGUCGCUCCGUCACCGGUUCGUCGAGCCGAAUGGCCAAGUGUUUUGCCUCGCGCUCGAGAGCUGCAUGGCGCUCCACAAGCCGGACGGCGCGCGCCAGAUCCUCCAGGACGUGGCCCGCAACCGGUUCGACAGCAAGCUCCAGAGCGAGCUCAACCGCCGGUUGGCGUUUAGCUUGACACCGGAAGCGCGCACGAUGGACCCGGACCUGACCGACAAGGUCGCCAAAUUUGCUCUCUUUUUGGAAGACCACGGGUUCCCGAUCACAAAGACGUUUAGCGACAAGCUCCUCAUGCGCCCGACGAGCACGUAUCUCGACGCGCCGACGCGCCGACGGAUCCUCAGCCUCGCGCGCGCCAAGUCGGACGGCGGCAAGUUCAACGCCAAGCACUCGAAGAAGCCCACCUCUGUGCGUCCGUGGUGGAAAGGUGACGCCUCCACGUGGCACAGCAAGGCCAACAACUAGAGCACCUACUGACUAGACUAUGUAUUGAUGAUGAUUGAUGACACGAC